UUCAGUAUCUCUCCUUCCUUCUCCAUGCAGGAGGUGAUCAGUGUCUGGGUGCGGGACCCGAGGAUACAAAAGAACGACUUUUGGCAUGCCUUCAUAGACUAUGAAAUUUGCUUACAUUCCAACAGCGUGUACUUCACUAAGAAAGUCUCAAUUGUGAGACGCAGGUACAGUGAGUUUGUAUGGCUGAGGCAGAAGCUACAAGCAAAUUCACAGCUAAUGCUAAAGCUACCAGAGCUUCCCCCAAAGAAUCCCUUCUUCAGUCUGAACAAUGCCCAACAGAUCACUGAGCGGAUGAAAGGACUCCAGAAGUUUUUGGAACAGGCAGUCCAGAGCCCUAUGCUGCUGUCCGACAGCUGCUUGCAUCUUUUCCUGCAGUCACAGCUCAGCACUUCAAAGAUGGAGGCCUGUGCUGCUGGAAGGACCCGCUACACUGUGGCCCAGGCAGUUCAAUGCUGUGGCCUGAGGCGUUUCCACUCUGAAGAGGAUCCGACCACGACCCUCAGCACGUCCCGUGACUCUGACUCAGACAGUCAAGAUCCAACGCUUCAGAUUAAGGCUUUGGCAAUAAACAAAGCAGCGAGUACACCUUCACUUAAUCUCAUGGGAACCAGCCAGGAGGGGAGCCUCAGCUGCUUCUGUGGUUCUACAUGAAAACAGCCUCAUCAUAUCAUCUCAAGUGCAAAUGUUUAGACCUUUCAAGAAGAGAUGUUCCUGUUACCCAAGCAAAAAUGCACUGCUCCUAAUAUAUAUUUCACUUAAAAAAACAUGGAGAAUAAAAAGUAAUAAUGCAUUCUGUUCUCAUUGGGGCAUUUAAGUUUGAUGUAUCAUGUUAAUAGUAAUACAAAUGUAAUACAAAUGUAACAAUUAUGAAUAAAAUGUUGGCUUUCAA